UUAACUCGUUUUAGAGUUCAGUUUACACUUUAAACAGCUCAAAAAUUUGACCAAUAGAGAAAAAAUAAAACGUACUCCUCCUGCCUGUGUUGUCAAUUGCAUAAUCGUAUCGUACAGUCGAGGAGUCGACGGCAAAUCCAUGGCUUCCACCAUGAAAAUCGUGUUCGGACUCCUUACAUUCGUCACUUUCGGCAUGAUUAUCGGCGCUUUGUUUCAAUUAGCGUUUAUAAGAAAGCUUGAAGAUUCAUACGGCUCCGCGUUUCCAUCAUUUAAAAGAGUGCAUAAACGUCAAAAUGAUGGCUACCUUCAGUUUCCCAGAGGUGUUCCAAUUUGGAAUAAUGACAAAGAAGCUGAACUCUUACGUCUUGGAUAUGUCAAACCUGAAGUACUUAGCUGGUCACCUAGAAUUAUAUUACUUCAUAACUUUUUGAGCACGGAGGAAUGUGACUAUCUUAGGGCCAUAGCCCGUCCUCGUCUUCAUACCUCCACUGUAGUUGAUGCAAAAACAGGGAAGGGAAUCAAGAGUAAUGUAAGGACGAGCUCUGGAAUGUUUCUGAGUCCUGAAGAGAAAAAGUACCCAAUGAUACAGGCAAUUGAAAAACGUAUUUCUGUCUUUUCUCAAGUACCAAUUGAAAAUGGGGAGCUCAUCCAAGUAUUAAGGUACGAGAAAGAUCAGUAUUACAAACCUCAUCAUGACUACUUUGCAGAUACUUACAAUUUGAAGCGCGGUGGUCAGCGGAUAGCCACAAUGCUCAUGUAUCUGAGUGACAAUGUUGAAGGGGGAGAAACUUAUUUCCCAAUGGCUGGCUCAGGUGAGUGUAGCUGUGGUGGGAAGACUGUGAAAGGGUUGUCUGUAAAACCAAUAAAAGGAGAUGCGGUGCUUUUUUGGAGCAUGGGAUUAGACGGACAGUCGGAUCCAAAUAGCAUGCAUGGAGGAUGUGAGGUUAUUUCCGGAGAGAAGUGGUCAGCUACAAAAUGGAUGAGACAAAGAGCUUCUGGCUGAUUUUUUUUGGCUUCCCUUCAAAAUAUGAUUAGGGUUCUUCCCUUUCUUGGAUCUCAAUAUACAUCUCUGGGGUUAGAGAAUAUGAUUUUGUUUUAGUCAUUAGAAUAAACUUUACAUAAUAGUUUUAAAGUUAAUGCCGGUGUCGAAAUUGCUAAACCACACCUUGUAAUCAAGUUCUAUACAAGAUUAGAGGUGUACAGCCUGUAUGAACAUUUUGAUAUCAAUGUAUACUAUUUUUUUUUGUUUAAA